GUUGAUAGAUACAGACAGAGACACUAUACUUCAGGUUUGUAUAAAACAAAGAUGUCUGGGGUGGUUUCUGAUUAUGUGAACUACGCUGAGAAGAGAGGAGAGCGCAUAGAAAGGGUGGUGGAAAUUUACAACAAUGCGGAAUCUUUCAGAAUUCACGAGCUUAAAGAAGAAUCUAAAGUCACUGCUGUAAGGAAAAAACAACAGAAUGAACACACAGGUGGCACUGCAUGGAGCAGGUGUUACAGACUGAGUGCAGUGUGUGUGGUGCUACAGUGUGUUCUCCUGCUGGUUGCUGUUAUAGUGCUGUGGGUCAAAUUUAAUAACCUGAAUGAAGAAAAAGACCAGUUACAGGCCAUUAACAACAAUCUAAAUCUAGAGAAAGACCGUUUACAGGUCAGUUAUAACAGCAUGAAAAAUGAGAGACAACGGUUAAAAUUUCAAAGAGACCAGUUACAGAAAAAGACAUCACUACUGCAGAACGUGAUUUUGAAACUUGGAUGUAGAGUUUUCAACUCAAAUGUUUACUACAAUCUUACUAAGAAGAUGUACUGGGAUGAGAGCAGAAAUGAAUGCAAAGCAAGAGGAGCAGACCUGGUGAUUAUAAACAGCACAGAAGAACAGGAGUUCAUUAGUACAUAUUAUGGUGAUACUGAAUCUUGGAUUGGUCUGACUGACAGAGCCACAGAAGGCACCUUUAAUUGGAUAGACGGUUCACCACUGACCACUGCGUUCUGGUGGAAAGGAGAAGAACCCAAUGAUUAUAAUAAGAAUGAGGACUGUGUUAUAACAGGAUAUAGCAAAGCUAAAUCUAACAUGUCAACCUGGGCUGAUUAUCCAUGUGAUUUUCCUGUAGUUGGUAUUUGUGAGAUGACAAUAUUUAACUAAACAUGAGAUUUACCUAUGAAUUGAAAAACUAUAUAUAUAAGAGCAGUUUUUAGUGGCUUGAAUAUUUCUGUUUAACAGUCUUAUAGCUUUCAGUUUUGAAAAUCUCUGAAGUGUCAGGACACAAGAGUGAAAAAGUGCCUUUUAGCUUUUUAGUUUAAUACAGGCCUUUUGCACCUGAUGUCACAAUGUCUUGCCAACAUGGUCCGUCCACGUCUUUUUGGCAAAAUGGAUGUAACUUACCAGAUGCUAGUGCCAAAGCCCACAUACAAAACCAGCCACUACAUUCUGUCUACAUAGUGUAGUUGUUUCUAAGUUUCUGAAUUGCCUCUAAACUUCCCAUGUUCUGUUUCAUAUCUAACACAAACUACAAUGCUAACCUUUUACAAUCUAAAUCCGUCUUGUAGAAUAUUGCACAUCCUACAUAGUUCACUAACCCUCAAUAUUACACUAUUUGGGAUUCAACCCCAGAAAAGUUUGCAAAUUAAUUAGAAUUUCCAAUUAAUUAAUAAUUUGUAAUUAAUUAAAAAUCUUUAAAUGUCAGUUAAUUAUACCUGCACAUCAUUUUAUGAAGUGUAAAAGCACUGAAUGAGCUAAAAUAAUCAAUUUUCAUAUGCAGUAUGUUCAAUUUAAUUCAGUUCAAUUCAAUUGUAUUUGUAUAGCACUUUUAUCAAUGGUCAUUUUCACAAAGCAGCUUUACUGAAUCAAAAGAAAAUUAUUGAAAUUAAUGAAUUAUAUAUGAAAUGUGCAUGUGUGUGUGUAUUGUGGUGGACUUUGUAGCAUAUUCUAAAAAACAAGCAUGUGAAAAUGGAUAAAGAAGGUCAUGAGGAUUGAUUAACAGAAGUUAAAUGUGUUAAAGGUGUUAAAUGAAUCAGUAAAUUAUGUAUAUGAAGGAAAUCCUAAUGGAAAUAUUUAUAUCAGUAUAAAUAUUUAAUAUUAUGCUACACUGUAUUUUAGAUACAUACUAAAUACUGUGAUCAUUCUGUGCCCCCACUCCAAUAUCACAUUAUUGCUUCUUUUAAAUAAACUAUUAAGGACACUGUAGAUGUUCAUUAAGAGUUUAUAUCCUCAGGUCACUUUAUUUUGGAAUCUUGGAUUGUGAGUACUGUAACUUGGUUUGUGAGUGUUCCACAAAACGAGCAAAAAAUUGUAAUAAUAAUAACAAUUAUAGUGGGGGAAAUAAGUAUUUGAUUUCC